CACCGGAGCACAGCGGACGUCACGGAGCGGCGCCCGGGCCGCGGGUUGAGCGGGAGGCGCGAGUAAUCUGGUCGGUGGUUUCCCUCGCGGGGGCCGGGCCCCGAUCCGGGAAUCGAGGCCGAAGCCGGUACCCUGGUUAGAGGAGAGGGGCAGGAUUCCCUCAGGGGAGGAAUCCAGCCAGGCAGGGGACAGCAGGGCGAGGCGGCCAGCGCAGCUGAUACCUCCGAGGGCUGACGACAGCGUGAGGGGUCCUUCUCAGCUGCCCCGGUUCGGUAUCCGGGAGGAUGACUACGCUCACGCGACAGGACCUCAACUUUGGUCAAGUGGUGGCCGACGUGCUCUGCGAGUUCCUGGAGGUGGCCGUGCACCUGAUUCUCUACGUGCGUGAGGUCUACCCGGUAGGCAUCUUCCAGAAGCGUAAGAAGUACAACGUGCCUGUCCAGAUGUCCUGUCACCCGGAGCUGAACCAGUAUAUCCAGGACACGCUGCACUGCGUCAAGCCGCUCCUGGAGAAGAAUGAUGUGGAGAAGGUAGUGGUGGUAAUUUUGGACAAAGAACACCGCCCAGUGGAGAAAUUUGUCUUUGAAAUCACACAGCCUCCGCUGCUGUCCAUCAGCUCAGACUCCCUGCUGUCUCACGUGGAGCAGCUGCUCCGGGCCUUCAUCCUGAAGAUCAGUGUAUGUGAUGCUGUCCUGGACCACAACCCCCCUGGCUGCACCUUCACAGUCUUAGUGCACACGAGAGAAGCUGCCACUCGCAACAUGGAGAAGAUCCAAGUCAUCAAGGACUUCCCCUGGAUCCUGGCAGAUGAGCAGGAUGUCCACAUGCACGACCCCCGACUGAUACCCCUAAAAACCAUGACAUCGGAUAUCUUAAAGAUGCAGCUCUAUGUGGAAGAGCGAGCUCAUAAAAGCAGCUGAGGGUGUGCCUGCCCAUGGAUGCCACAACCAACCAUCGGACUUUGGGGGCCCUCACCUAGGGCAGUACUGCAGGGCCACCCUGAUUCCAAGUGCUCUUAAUGCCUCUACGUAUGGACCCCUGACCCUCCAGCCUGGGGCUGCUCAGGCCUGACUGCCUUCAUGGAGGAAUUCUCCCCAGGCGGGCAGUGAAGGGCACUGGGACCUCGAUUUCUCAGCCUCCUGGGAUUCAGCCGGCCAACGCUGUCUGUCUCAAAUGCUGUGCUGUGAGUUAUUUCAAUAAAGAGCCCCAAGGGCUGA